AGCUGCUGAACUUUGGACGGCUGGUUUGAAGCCACAUGUGAGUUUUAUUUCGAGGUUCAACAGGAAAAGCAGCUGCUCUGAACUUUCUGCUCACCUCUGAGAAAACCGAGGAAAAACUUCAGGAUGGCUGAGAGACGGGUGACGGCGAAGCCUGCAGCAGAACCGGACUUCCUGCAGUUCAACGACCUGGCCUGUGAGACGGUGGGAGGAAAGGUUAUUUUUGCCACAGAUGAAUGGUUUGCUCCGGCUAAAAACCUGCUGAAGCGAGAGCCUCCGCAGUUCAUCCCAUCUGCUUUCACAGAAUUUGGGAAGUGGAUGGACGGAUGGGAGACGAGGAGGAAGAGGAUCCCGGGUCACGACUGGUGCAUCAUUCAGCUGGGAGUGGCUGGUUUCAUUCAUGGACUUGAUGUCGACACGUCUUUCUUUACUGGGAACCACUCGCCUUACGUCUCCAUCCAAGCCACCUGCCUCGAUGAGCUGCCCCCGUUCACUCCCGGGGAAGAUCGGACCGGCAUGGCCGCCACUGGAGCUCAGAUCGCUGCUGUUGCCAAGCUGAGCUCAGAGGUUUGGCCAGAGCUGCUGGGCGAGUCGGCGCUGCAGCCUGGAUACGCAGACUGCUGUCACAACUACUUCAGGGUCAGCACCAAGAGGAGAGUCACGCACCUGCGCCUCAACAUGUAUCCAGAUGGAGGAAUAGCCAGACUCAAGGUGUUUGGUAUCGGCCAGAGGGAUUGGUCUUCCGUCCCGACCAACCAGGACGUCGACCUCGUAGCGCUGACCAAUGGGGGAGUCUGCCUCGGCUACAGCGACGCCCACUUUGGACAUCCGCGCAACAUGAUUGGACUUGGUCGAGGCGCCAACAUGGCGGACGGAUGGGAAACGGCCCGCAGAUCAGACCGGCCCAAAACGCUGAAGGCAGACCAGCGGGGAAUCCUCCAGGUGCCUGGCUGGGAGUGGGCCGUGUUUCGUCUCGGUCGUCCUGGGCUGAUCGGCAGCAUUGAGGUGGACACCAACCAUUUCAAAGGUAAUUUCCCAGACUCCUGUCGGAUCGAAGCGUGUCUUUUAACCGCUGAAGACGAGGCGCGGUGCAUCCAAACCAGAUGGAACUCUGGGAAAUGGGAAGUGCUUCUUCCACCUCAGAAGCUCCGUCCUCAUCACAGGCAUCAAUACAGCAAAGCAGAGCUGAUGCUGAAUGGACCCGUCAGCCAUGUUCGGCUCAUCAUCGCUCCUGAUGGAGGCGUCAGCCGCCUCCGUCUGUGGGGUCGGCCCAUGUUGGUCCCCGGAGCUCCAGCCAAUCAGAACAGACCGCCAUCCAAACUGUGAUCCGUCACCUCACUGACCUCACCAUGUGGGAGGUCUGAGGAUCUUAUUUGGAAGAAAUUGUGUUGAUGAUCUAAAUUUAAAAGUUUAGAAAGUGAAUGGUUCUAAUAUAACAAACCCACAGACAACUUUCCCAGGUUUCCAGGGGAAAAGCAUGUGGUCGUCUCUCCAAGGUCCGUCUGUGUCCACAGAUAACGAUGUGGAGACAUCUGGACACAGACGACAGCCCUGCGUCUGUAGAAGUCAUUUUUAAACAGAAUCGCAGAAGUUGUUCUGUUUGGUUCUGAUGUUCUUCACUUUGAAUUUGUGAUUUUAUUAUUUCAAAGAGGAUCCGGAGCUGUGUCGACUUCCUGAAGGCCGAGUUUCAAGGUGUUAAAUUAUGACGACAAAUUUCCUUUAAAUCAUGUUUUAUAUGAAAACAUUUUUAUAACAACUGAAGGUAACAUAGUUAUUUGACUGUGCUAUGAAAUGCCUGGAAAAUAUAUAACACCGCCCCUUUAAGAGUGCUUGUUUUCUUCAAAUAAAAUGUCUACUUCAUUUCCACCCAACUAGGAAAACCCUCCAUGGACUCAGGUUGGUCCACCAGGAAACAUUUAUCUGUUUUACUCGCAGUUUCUCUACAACACAUCCAUUUGUUUAGAUUUACGUUUAUCGGCUUCUUCUUCUUCUCCAGCUGCAUUUUCUCCACAAUUAAUAACAUGAAAUAAACAACUGGAGGUCAGGUCAGUGAGGAUCAAUGACAGCUCCAGUUUCUUCUUCCUCAAAAAUUAACUGUUUUAAAAAAAUAUGUCUAAUCGGCAUUGAUUUCGUCUCGACUGACUUCCUUUAGUCUCCUCCUCCACUGCUAGUUGUCACGUUUUUAUGGCUCGUCUGUUUCCUCCAGCAGCUCUAACUGAAUGAAGGCGUCAAACUAUUGGUCCUGAAAUGCGUCACCUAACAUAUUCUGCAUCGUACAUGUCACUGUGCUGCUGCUGUGUUUAAACAUCUGAAGCUCCGCCCCUUCCAUCACUCACAGCUCUGAGCAUAAACCUGACCUCUGACCCCAUCUGGGCAGCUUCAGCAGUGAGGCAGCCAUGUUUGUCAGCUGCUCAGAUGUUACUGAAAUUACAGUAAUUAUCCACGCUGUGUGGUCCCAAUGUGUUUGAGUUUGUGUCUGACUGCUGACUUUGACCUUUUUAACGGCCCUCCACUCGUUUCCCACCUCAGUGGGUUUUCACCAGAUGUUGAACAUCGCAGGAACAUUUUCCACAAAUCACUAAUCUGUUGUUUUAAGGGGAGGUUUAUUCCACAGAUAUAUUUUUUAAUUGUAUUUCCACAUGAGAUAAAUCAAUAAGGGCCUUAUUUGGGUUUCAUAAAAUAUUUUUUUCU